AUGGCUGACACAAAUUUCUUUCUCAGUUACUUCCUAUUAGUCCGCAAAACCUGUAUUCUUUCCAAGCGGAUUCUCACAGUGGUUACUUUCGGCAGAGACACUGUGAUGAUGUGUGGUGGAAAGAAUUCAUCUGCCUUAAUCCAAACUCGUCAUGAUCACCACGGUGAGCUUGAAAUUCUCUAAGUUUUUAGUGGGAUCAAAGACGAGGACCUCUAUGUUUGAAUCCAAGAAUUUAAGAACAAGGGCUCGACAGCAAGAGGAUAUAUGCUCGACCACUUAAACUAGUUUGCCAACGCAAAGGCGAGGACGUAUGGGUUUGUACCUAAAAAUGUUAGAGUAAGGGAUCGAAAAUUAAGAUGAUAUCUCCUUGUUUAGAUAAGAUGACAUAUAUUUAUCAAUGUACUAGGAGUAGACGACCCUAAGCAACCCUAUCCCUAAGCAAUUACUGGAUAUGCUCGACAACUCUAAGUAGUCUUCCCACGCAAAGACGAAGACCUUCGUGUUGGUAUCCAAGAAUCAAAGAAAAAUUCAUUAAAUGUUUUUUUUUUUUUUUUUUUUUUUUUUACAAGAUAAAAGCCAGGAUAUCUCUUUAGUGCUAUUGUUGGAGUCGACCAACGCACACGUUCAACCACUCGAACUAUUCUGCCAACGCAAAGACGAAAACUUUUAUAUGUGAUUGGACCCAAGAAUUAGAGAAUAAGAGACUGAAAAUAAAGAUUAUAUCUCUUUGGUUAAAAUAAGUUAGGAUUAUAUCUCUCUAGCUCUGUCAGUGGGAGUCGAAAAUCCGAUACACUCGAUCAACCGAUCCAGUUUGCCAAAGCAAAAACAAAUACCUUUUUGUUGGGAUCCAAGAAUCUAAAAUAAAGAAUGAAAAUGUAGAAGACAUUUUUUUUUCAUCAUUUCUUUUAUUAGUGAGAUGAGAGGAUAUCUCUAUGGUUCCACUGGUAGGGAUCAACCAACGGAUACGUUUGAUCACUCGAAGAAGUCUGCCAACGCAAAGACGAAGACCUAUGUGUUUAGAACAAAGAAUUUAAGAAUGAGGGAUUGAAAAUUAAGAAGAUGUCUCCUUGAUUUAGAUAGGUCAAGAUGAAAUCUUCUUUAGCUCUAUUAGUAGGAGUCGACAAACGGAUACACUCGACCACUAGAGAAAGCCUUCCAACGUAGACGUACAAGUAUUUCCGGUCGUCCCGGUGAUAACCGGAAGUACGUCUGCGUCUGUGAGCUACAUGCACUCAUUCCGUAACUUUUCACUUUUGAACAACCUGUUGCCUCUUCACGCAUUAAUUUAGUUGGUAAGUAGUCUAUUUUAGUCGAUAAUUUAACAACGUUGUGUCCAAAAGCAAACUCGUCUUAUUUUAUUGUUUGUUGUAGAAAGAUUGUUAAUAUUCCAUAAAGUAACGACAGGAAACUUAUCAACAUCACCCAUGAAAGAAGUAGCUUUUUAAGGCUUAUUUGCCACCCGUAUUGUGUACAUUUUUGUCCAGUGGCCCCUUGCAGCUCUCCUCCCGUACUUGUUAUUUUAUGAUGCGAGUAAAUAAGUGUUUUAUUUUAAAAUUAAGAACUGCGGAUAUCUCCGGCCGGAUUUAAACACCAUUCCUGUUUAA